AGGCGAUAUUACAUCUAUUAUUCCCAGCCGAGAAACACUUGAUAUUGACAUCGACAGUGUAAAUUCAGCAUUAGCUAGUCUAAUUUUACCGUACCCAGUCUCUUAAAGAACACUUAAAAAACUGUAAUAAUUCUAGUAAAAUAAUAGAUUCUACAUUAAAUAUUCGGUUGGGUUUUUAAUAUCACUUUAAGUUUAUAGUGUUUUAAACUUGUGUUGCUGAUUAACAUAUAAACAAAUUAAUUAUAGAAUCAUGGCUGAUACAAAUGAUCCAGUAAUUUCAAUCAACGAGGGCAAGAUUAGAGGAUUUAAAGGUACAAAUUAUGAUGGUGAAACAAUUUAUGAAUUUCUGGGAAUACCUUUUGCCAAACCUCCAGUCAACGAAUUGAGAUUUAAGCCUCCAGAGCCUAUAGAACCAUGGACUGAUGUUAGAGAUGCUACAAAACCUGGCAGUCCAAGUAUAUCUAGAGAUGAUCUAACUAGAGAAUUGGUCGGAAAUGAAGAUUGUUUGUCUGUCAAUGUUUAUACAAAAUACCUGCCCAAACACACCGUAACUUUAAAGCCUGUCAUGGUAUAUAUCUACGGAGGUGGAUUAACAAGUGGAUCAAGCAGACCAGGACUGUACGGUCCAGAAUUUUUGCUUUUGCAAGACAUAGUUUUGGUAACUUUCAAUUACAGGUUAGGUGUUUUAGGGUUUUUGAGUUUAAGUGACGCAUCUUUGGGAGUCCCAGGCAACAAUGGCUUCAAAGAUCAAUGCAUGGCAUUGAAAUGGGUGCAGAAGAACAUCAAAAACUUCAGUGGGGACCCAAAUAAUGUUACGAUAUUUGGUGAAAGCGCUGGGUCUGCCUCAGUUCAUGCUCAUGUAUUGUCUCCAGCGUCAAGAGGCUUAUUCCACCGAGCAAUACUCCAAAGUGGAUGCUGUCUGAAUUCAUGGUUCUGGGGAAGUAAGGAUAAUGCUAGGAAUUUAGUAAAGUUAUUAGGAAAAGAUGCUAAAAAUGAUAAAGAAGCUUUGGAAAUACUAAAAGCAGCACCUGCUCUGGAUAUUUUUAAUGCUCAAGAAAAAAUGGGAGAUGUACUUUUUCCAGCAAAAAACAGACCUUUUUCAGCAGUAAUAGAAUCACCAAAUCCGGAUGGAUUUCUGACCAAAUCACCGGUAGACAUAAUGAAAGAAGGGAGCUAUAACCAAGUUUCUCUUGUUUUUGGAUACACAGACACAGAAGGCAUGUUGUUCGACCUAGACAAGAUGCUAAGGAGACAGUCUGGAAUUCCCGUACCUGAGUUCAAGAUAGAAAAAUUAAUUCCUUAUCAGAUAAAUGUGCCAGAAACCGAGACACAGACAAUUUGCGACAAACUCGAGAAAUUAUACAAAAAUGAGAGAAAUGCUAGUCGAUAUGAUGAAGCAACUGACAGCUGUUUUUUGAUAGGAAUCAUUGAAUCUCUUAAAAUGCAUCUGGCUACAGCUCAACAUCCAAUUUAUCUGUACAGAGUCUCGAUUUGUACUGAAUUAAACCAUUUAAAGCGUUUAAUGAAUAAAAUAAAUGAUCCAGGUGUUUGUCAUGCUGAUGACCUGGGCUACCUAUUUCACACCGAGAUAACUCCCGACAUUCAAAAAAAUAGUCUGGAAGAAAGGUCGAUGAAAAGUUUCGUUCGGUUGUGGACGAAUUUUGCUAAAUUUGGCAAUCCCACUGUUGGAGACGAUUUACAAAUCACAUGGGAAUCUCUCAGGAAUGGGUCUAGUUUAAAACUUCUUGAUAUAGGAGAAAAGUUGGUCUUCAAGGAUAUACCUGAGAGCGAGAGACUGGAUGUGUGGAAGCAAAUACUGAAUAAAUUUCCUUUUGUUAGGUUUGGUUACGUAAAUCAAAAUUAAAUUGUUUUGUAUUGUUAAAUUUAAGUUUUCUUUAAAGUUUAAGGACUAUUUUGUUAAAUAAGUAUAAACAUUGUUACAUUUCCUUAUGAUUAUAACAUGUUUCCAGGUUUUGAUAUUUGAAAUUUUUUUCGAAUUGUUCAUAAAUUUAAUAAAGCAACACAGAAAGUUAA